AUGUCCGAGAAAUAUCCCCUUGAUCCCCUUGAUCUAGCCGAGACUGGAGAUUUGUCCAAAUUCUCAAAGCUCAAAGCUACACCUGUGCAUACCGAGGUGGAGCCGCGACCAAAUGCUUCGCAAGACGGUAUAAGUCGCCAUGCUGUGACUGCAGAUAUUGAUGUCAACGAGCUGGACUUUGAUUUCAACCUUACCACAGAUGAUUAUCCACUAGGUGAUCUCAGAUCUCUCCAGCAAGUCUUUGAUGCUGUGCAAUACCAUCGGCAUUUAGAACGGGAGGAGAACUUUUCGAUUAAAACUCGCGUGGAAUGUCUCAAAGUUGAUUCGCAGGGAGGAGAAUGGCGAACACUUGACGAGGCCAACAUGGAUGACCUUUUACAGUCCCAUGCUAUCAACCCCUUUCCAACUAUUGAACCCUGUCCUGGUCGUAAUAUGCUCGUUUUCUUUUGUCCCUUGGUGUUCAAAGAGGAUACUUCAUACGGUUCACGCGCUCUCAUGACCCGAAGAAAUGCCGAGAAACUCUUCGAGACACUACAAAUCAAUCCUAUGUUUAUGUUGAACAUGCUUGGUCGGCCAGAUUACUGGGCACCUCAAUCCCAUUUGGAUGCAGAUGAUGACGGGAGAUUGCUAGCUUGCGUUCAAGGGCCUCCGCUGUCUAUCUACAUGCGCCAUGACAUCGUUCGGGACUUGACAACAUACAUCAUCUCGCAUAAAGAGUUUGAUACCACCAUCACCACGCUCAAGUCUAUACUGAACACUGCACUCAAUGUGACUUCCGCAGUUAACAAACCAGCUGUCUUCUUGGAUAGUCCAUUUGACAUCCAUGCCAUUCGUUUCCAGCGAUUCAUGUGGAAGCAGAUGAACAAAGUUGAAGAUCACUUUAUGAACCUCGGGUUUAGCGAUAACGCUAAGUUCGCAGACUUGGUAAAGCAGCUCCAAAUCAUGGCCUCAAAUGCAGAUUCACAUAUCGCCAAUGCUGAUAUAGGAAUCAUCACGGCCAAAGCCAUUCAAAAAGUCCACUCACGUCUCACCCCCUCGCUUUCUCGAUCCAACCCCUUCAUAAACCAUCGAGCUGAUGAUUCAAUAACCUAUAUUAUCUCCUCCUUGGAAAAACAAAAACUUUGGUUCUUGAACUAUAAGCAACGCAAAGAUAGUGCUCUUUCCAUGGCCCAUAAUCUCGUGACCCGGCAAGACGCCACCAACAACAUGCAGAUCUCUCAUAGCAUGAAGCAAGACUCUACAUCCAUGAAUGCGAUCGCUGCCCUGACAAUGAUCUUCCUGCCAGGUACCUUUGCAGGCACGGUGGUCGGUGCAGGGGUUUUUGGGGGUGCCAUCAAAGAGACGGUAUGGCUAAUUUGGGUCGCAAUUACAGUACCGCUUACGGCAGGGGUCAUGAUUUGCUGGUGGUUGUAUAAGAAGCAAAGCGGCCAACAGUUAAGGGCAGCAUAA